AUGGGAAGAGGUAGGGUUCAGCUGAAGAGGAUAGAGAACAAGAUCAAUCGGCAAGUGACUUUCUCCAAAAGGAGAAAUGGAUUGUUCAAGAAAGCUCAUGAGAUCUCUGUCCUCUGUGACGCUGAGGUCGCUCUUAUUGUCUUCUCCCACAAAGGAAAGCUCUUUGAGUAUGCCACAGAUUCUUGCAUGGAGAAGAUCCUGGAACGCCAUGAAAGGUAUGCGUAUGCAGAGAGACAGCUAGCAGGAGCAAAUGAUUCUGAGUCACAGGAAAACUGGACGAUUGAAUAUUCUAGACUGAAAGCUAGGAUUGACCUUUUGCAGAGGAACCAUAGGCACUAUCUGGGAUAUGAUCUGAGUUCGUUGAGCCUCAAAGAGCUGCAUAGUCUGGAGCAGCAGCUUGAUACUUCCAUCAAACAAAUUCGGACACGCAAAAAUCAGCUGAUGAAUGAGUCGAUCGCCGAGCUUCAGAAAAAGGAGAAAGUGAUACAGGAACAGAAUAGCAUGCUGGCAAAGAAGAUAAAGGAGAAAGAGAAGGCGGCGGCGGCGGGGGCACAUCAUAUGACAUGGGAGCACCAAAACCUGGGAGCAGCUAAUUCAUCUUACCUACUCCCACCUCCACCACUCCCCACUCUCCACAUCGGAGGGAAUUACAGAGAGGAAGCAGCAGAAAGGAACGAGCUUGACCUCACCCUGGAACCACUCUAUUCCUGCAACCUCGGAUGUUUUUAA